GACAAAAUACGAGACGACGAGCCACUGAAAAAUAAAAAUCAACAAAAUAAUUCAAUAUGUCUUGGAGAAAUUUGGUGUCAAAAACCUCUUUUUUAUCCCUUAUUUCUCGAUCGGUAAGCAAAUUUCUAUUGAGAUGGAUGCGUAGUUACUAUAGAGUGCGUUUUUUUAUAGUUUAAGUGCAAAAACUGGGUGAAAUUUAUGUUUAUUUGGCAUGUUAUUCAUAGGCACCACAAAACGUGCGAUGGUUGCACAGAAGUCCUGCUAGGCUUGCUGGUCAAUUGUUUGUGGUAGGUUUUUUAUAUUAGGUGUUGUGAUUAACAAGUAUUAUCUGCAAGUAUUAAAACAACAUUUUAAAAUAGUACAGUGUUAAAUAAUAUUUUAAACUGUCAUUAAUUAAAGUCUAGUUUGUCAAGGCAAUAAAGGCAUAAUAUGCCUUUAUUGCCUUGAUAAUACUACUACACAGUUAUGAUAAAUUUGGAGGUGAAAGUUUGGGAAAUUUUACAUUUUACUAUAUCCGAGUAAUCACUGAAUGCAUAUGUCAUCAAAACUUGUCAUCACAUAUUUGCAAGUGUGGAAAGUUUGUAUCAUGAUACAACCAAGAUAUUGGGCAAGUUUGAUGCUUGCUAUAUAUUUACUAUUAAUUUUUUUAAAUCUUGAGUGUGCACUUUCCAAACAUUCCAAUCAGGAAUUUUUGCAUUACUCAGUUAUGGUAAAGUGUAAAGUAUCAGAAUUUUCAAUAAGCACUUUGGGGCUGUUCAAAUGAGCUGCUUUCAUAUGACACUGGCAACGUCAAGACAUUGCUCAAGUGGGACCGUAUAAAGCUGGUCUAGCCUGGUUUUCAAUUAUGAACACAAUUUGGGAAAUAUCUGUAAACAAUGUGUAAGGCUGGCGCUCAACAUUGUCUAGCCAGCCUAGCUCAUAUGAACAGCCUCUUAAUCUCUAGUGGUCAAUUUAAAAAAAACAACAACUGGCAUGUCAUAUUUUAUGAAUACUCCUACAGAAACCAUCAAACAAACCAACCUGCAUGUACUCUCGCCCAACAUUUUUUUGUGUUUUAGCAUCGAGAUACACCAGAAAAUAACAAGGAUAUUCCUUUUGAAUUUACUAAAGAAAAUUUAAAGGUUUGCAUUUAAUUUAAAAUGUUGUCACUUGACAAUUCAUUCUACUUGUACUGUCCAAAAUGGGCACCAAAAGGGUUAUGAAAACCAAACAACUUGCAAUGUCUGCUAACAUAUUCAAUGUUGUUGUUUUAGUUUGAAUUGCAGAUGAUUUUACUUUUUUUUUUUUACAUCAGAUGAUUUUAGAGUGUUUUAGAGUUCAAUGGGUUAACCAUCUGCCCAUACCUCUUGCAGCUUUUUUACUAUGCAAACACCAGUCAAAUGCCAAUGUGCCUUGUAGGGUUAUAAUUAUUGGUAUACUCUGUCUAAUGUCACAUAAUUUUACUAAAAACUGUUGUGUGUUACUGGGUUAACUUAACAUUUGUGUUUGGUACUAUUAGAGAGCAGAAGCAAUCAUUGGCAACUAUCCUGUGGGUCACAAAGCUGCCGCUGUUAUACCACUGUUAGAUUUAGCGCAAAGACAAUAUGGUAAGAUGAAGCAUUGUAGUGUUUACUUGAACUUAAUGCAAUGGAUUUAUGUCAUGUCUUUUUUAAUAGGUUGGGUACCACUGUCUGUGAUGAACUAUGUGGCAGAUUAUUUAGAAAUGCCAAGAAUGAGAGUUUAUGAAGUAGCAACAUUCUAUACUAUGUUUCACAGGUAUUGUAGACUUUACGAAGGGGCUAUUUAUAUGGAAGCUAGGCUGGUCUGCUUAGCGAGAGAGCCCAGUAAGUGGGAUGAAUUUUUCUUUUGUUUAUACGAGAAAAUUUCAUCCCACUUGCCUGACAAUUUUGUUGUUUUGACAUUGUUCUGAAAUGUUAAAAAAAGCUUGCAGUUGCAACUGGGCCAACCUGCUUGUGAGUGUUUAUAUGGAGAAAUUUUCAUCCCGGUAAAUAAGAUCUUGCCUCUUUCAAGUAAGAUCUCCGCAACCGGACCAGACUGAUAGUCCAUAUAAACACACAUUACUACACAGGGAAAUCUCGCUAACCGGGCCAGCCUGGCUUCCAUAUAAACAGCCCCUUAGUCAGUGUCGUAAUUACUGAAACUGACACCUGUGCAUUCCUGAUAGUUUCAUUCAUUUAUUACAGUAUGGCAGGUUUUCACUCCUAAUAGACUUUUCACAAUUUUAUUCAUAAUAGAAAGCCAGUUGGAAAACAUGUUAUUCAACUUUGUACAACAACACCAUGCAUGUUGUGUGGUGCUGAGGAACACAUGGAAUUUCUUCAGAAAAAACUUGGUGGGUUACGAUACUGGAUAAGUGACAAUUGGUCCUAACUUUACCUUUAAAAUGAACACACAUAUACCAUAUACAGUACUAUGUUUCAACUUUUUUCCUAGGUAUAAAUGUUGGUGAGACAACAGAGGAUGGAAUGUUUACAUUACAAUCAGCAGAAUGUCUCGGAGCUUGUGUUAAUGCACCUAUGAUGCAGAUUGGAGAUGAUUAUUAUGUAAGUAUGCAUCUGUGUGUAGCCUACCAUCUAAUAAAUGUUUUACAGCAAGAUUUAAAAUCCAUGACACUUAACACUUGGCAUAGCGUACUAUAUAUAUCCACAAAAUGUCACAAACAAUCUAACCAAUAACCAGGAAUACAAUGCAUUGUGGGAAGCAACUGGGGGAUUUACUAACCCUCGAUUUUUAUGAGGUGUAUGCGCCUCCGAGGUUUACUAGAACAGUAUAGAUUUUCAAUUAGAACAGUAAAUUUUUACUAAGUUUGGGCAGAUGCCUUGCAUGGUUCUUCCAGUCCCGUUUGCGCCUCGCUCAUUUAGGGUCUCCGAAUAAUUGACUUUAUAAUUAGACUUUGUACAUAUACUUUAGUGGACCCUAAUAAAGACAAUAAUAAUAACAAUAACCUUCCGCUAAAAUCGGGAUAUCACAGACUGCUGUUACUAGCUUUUUUCUUAUUUUUCUUCUUUUUUGUCCUUGCUUUUUGGGUUUUUUAUAUAAAUGUAAUAUGUACUCUUAGAAGGACUUGCCUUGUUUGGGCCUCGGGCCUGUUGCUAUAUAUAGUACUGUACGUAUUUCGUUACUGCGUAUUUUUUAAAAUUUUAUAUAUUGCAUGCAGUUAAAGUUCAACAAAUAAAUAAAUCAGUAUAGUCACAGCUAGAAACGUUGUCGCUGACCAUGCUAAAGUGAUAGAAUUGUAUCUCAUCUUGCAUAAAUAGGAAGAUCUUACCUUGAAAGACACAGAAGAAAUAAUUGAUGAUUUGAAAAGUGGCAAAAUUCCCAAGGCUGGUCCAAGGUAAAACAUUUGUUUAACCCAAGGGGAAAAGUAUUAAUGGCUUCAUAAGAUUCUUUGAAAUAUUUUAAAGGCAAAAUUUUGACAAAAUUACAUUGUUGUCGUUUCAGAAACGGUCGUUUUGCCUCAGAGCCCAAAGAAGGUUUGACAAGUUUAACAGAGGAGCCCAAGGGUCCUGGAUUUGGACUUCGGUCAGAUUUAUGAUAUUUACAAACAGAUAUUUUGUUGAAGAUGUAGUAGUUGUGCUUAAAUUUGUAUAUACGGUUUUAUUUUUUUCACAUGGAAAACAAAGUUUUUGCGAGUGUGGGGAAAAUCUUUUUUUGGAGGCAAGAUGGAAUUCAUAUGUUGCAACUAUAUAGUGUCCGCUGUAACACCAGCACAAUACGACAGAACUACCAACAAAACUGACCCAAUAGUUAGUGCAUGUGUGUUUCACUUCUGCUAAUCGCAGGGUUCAAUUCAUGCAAGAAACAUAUACUGUAGACUAUACUAGUAUACUACUCAUUGCCUCCUUUUUGACGUUUCUACUUAUUUCCAAUUUGCUCCGGGAUCUUCUGAGUGAUGGCAUUAAAGGUAGACGUUUUAUGUAGCCGAAUAUGUCAAUAAACGUUUUCAUGGGAAAUAUGCAUGGGAAAUAUAAUAGGCAUAUGGUUUUCAUUGCAUCUUCACACUUUUACGAGAACGUCGGACCUCGAACAAAAACAAGGUAAAGUAUCAUGUUAUUACUAAAUAAAAUGUAUUUGUCUAUCUUACUAAUCUAAAACAAUGACUUAAAAAUAAAUCAUAACUGUAUGUUUCUUUUAGGGCUCAAUGUAUGGUAUACUGACAUAUAUAAAGGUAUGUUUACUAGGUAUGUAAUAUAUGAUCUAUGCGCGUGGUUAGUAUAACAUGUUUCUACUUUCUGACCCUGUUCAGCUAGUUAAAUGUCUCAUCGUAGGUCUAUACCAUGCUGGCAAUUCCAAGAAUGAUCCAUUUCACCCAUGCAUAAGACUAACAAUCCUCAUCUGACUAUCAUUUAAUGCUGUCCCUACAAUAACCGACAGUAGCAUGUUUCUACUUUCUGAUCAUGUUCAAAUUAAUUAAAUGCCUGAUCAUAGAUCUACCGUGAGGACAAUUCCAAGGACGGUCCAUCUCGCCCGUAUGGUCAUAUGACCAUGUUUCUUCAAGCAUGUUUCUACUUUCUGACCAUGUUCAAAUUAAUUAAAUGUCUCAUGGUGGGUCUACCAUGCGGACAAUUCCAAGGAUGGUCCAUCUCGCCCAUAUGACCAACAAUUCUUCUCAUCUGACCAUCAUUUAACGCUGUCCCGACCAUAACCGACAUUCGGCAUGCCCUACUUGCAAACAUCUUCCGUAUAUUCGAAGGCCUAUAAUUCACUCCCGGACUAUCGCUUAACAUAAAUAUUAAUUCCUCUAUAUCCGACUUUCCAAAACUCCAAUUUCUACUCACAGGUAAUGACAUCAGCUUAACCCUUUGUGAGACUGGAGCCUUCUCGUCGAUUUCAAAAUCAAAACCAUUUUUCCGAAAAACCUCCAAAUUUUCCAUCAGAAUGUUUUCAUUUACGGCUGUAAGAUCGAGCGACUGUGGGCAGAUGAGUCGUUGGGAUUUCAGAACAGUGUUGCGUUGUUGGUCUUCAAAAUUGUACUUCUCGUCCGAAGCGUGUUGGUCUAUGAUAAAUAGAUCGUCUCCAAGUUUUGUUGUAAUAAAACCUUGAUUAAACUGUCCGAUAAUCUCCAUUUUGCUGAACAUUUCUUUCGUGAUAUGUCUUUCGAGUUCCUCUUCGGCUCGUUGGUUGCUUUCCGGUGCUAUAGUUGCUCGAAAUGUACGAGAAUAGCCCGAACUUCCUUCGGCUUCAAGCUCUUUGCUGCCGCGUUCUGUUGUGAACCUUUCACGUAAUUUUUGAAGAUCGAAGUUCACUGCAAUGCUCUUCCGUGAGGUUCUUUCUAAUUCAUUCUCGUAACCUCCAUCUACUUUAAUUCUUUUGGUAUUAAAUUGAUUUUCACUACCGUCGCUUUCGGGACUGCGUCUUCGUUUCAAUUCCGGAGUUUCACUUGAAUAUUUCCCAUUCAUGUUAACACUUUCAUAGGCGGUUUCACUUUCAUACGGAUUUUCUACAUCCAAAACCUCAAAUCCAUUUUCAAUUCUUGCUGAUUCUCCUAACUCUUUACUAUUUUCUAGCUUUUUCGUUAUGUCCACAUUAUCUCGAAUGAGAUUGUUUGUACAUUUUCCAUUUUCAGUUACACUAUCAACAGAGUUUCGAAAUGUUUCCACAUUACACAGUUUUCCUUGGGAUUGUUCGGUAUCUUCGCUAACUGAAUGCCUUGGUGGAUCCCCUAGUACGCUUUCCGAUAAGCACAGUUCGUUCUGUUUUGGACUAUGGGUCGGUUCACAGUUGAUUACAUUAACACCCUUGCCUUCUCGAGCAUGUACCUCCGUCGAACUCAGGUCGUAUUCAUUUGGAUUAAACGGUAAGUGUCCAUUACCAAUAGGAGAUGGGCUAGGAGAGUUUUCAAUCUGCGGGCUGAAGGCUUCCUCAUGCGUUUCAAUGAUGGAGGCAGUAGACGAAUCACCCUGUUUGUGUGUAUUCACAAUACCCGACACGUCAUCCAACGCCAAACCAUCUUUAGAAACAGCCAAAGUCUUCGAAUCUGCCUUUAUCUCAGUAGAGUCGAGACUUACAGCCUCCCCAAUUUUGUUGACUUUGGAAAUAUCACUCAACUCAUCUUUAGAAGCCGCCGAAGUUCCUGAAUCGAUAGUAGAGCAGGUAGAAACUAUAGCGUCCACGUUCUUGCAGACUUUUGAAAUAUUAUCCAGCUCCUUGACAGACUCUGAAGCUUUUGUGGUAAACUUUAAUAUCGAGGACGCUUCUUUAUUCUUGGAAACUUUUGCUGCCAACAAUAAUCUAUCUUUGAUAGACUUUGAAAACGCCGUUGCGUUUUCUUCCUUAUUUCGUUUGGUAAACGCGGGCAGUUUAAGUUGGGCGAAAGGUUUUUGAUUAGUUUCAUAGUUUGUGGCACCCGGAUCGUACAUGGCCUUCAAGGAACUCUUGACCGUAGCGAAGAGAAGCUUCUCUUGUUGUAAGAAUACUUGGCGUUUGUCAGGAGUAACGUUCACAUCGACAAGAUCUAGCAAAAGAGAAAACAUGAAAAGUUCUUCCGUGAUGUGCGAAUUGCAUAGCUUUCCGUAGCGGCGCGACAAAGCACCUAUCCGAUACGGAAUGUACAACUUUCAGAAGCUGAACACCAUCUUUCCGUUGCAAUAAUUCCUCUGAAAAUAGUCUACCUAAAAGGUACGGAUAAGUGUUUUUUCACGUCGCUAGGGAAAGCUAUGCAGUUUAUGUACAGUAUAACUGACGUAGCCUUAAUCUUACCUUUGCUCAAGUCAAUAUUUAGUACCAAAAAUGGGUACUGGUUUCUGUUAAACACGUGAUACACUUCGUUGACCAAUCGGGUAAGUUUUGGCAUAUCACAUGGUCUCUUAUUAAUGUAGAUAUACUGUCUAUCAUUUGCACUUCGUCCUGUACCAUGAUCACAGCGAGAGACAAAGCCAGUCAAGCAGAAUACAGGAUCGCUGUCAAGUUGUGAUGACUCCAAGCCUAGUUCUUCACAAUCAUCCGCAGUUGGGUUAAUUUGUUUGAAUUCCAAUAGCGUUUGCAGCUAGAUGAAUAAAAGCAAAGAACUGAGAUUAAAUUUUAAUAGUUUAUCGAUGACCAGCUGGAAUAACGCGAUUUAUACUGGCAAUGGUAGGAAUCGACUUGGUGGCCCUGGGAUUCCUGUACAGCGCUCUAACCAACUGAGCUACAGAGUCCAGUUGCUCAAACACAGUAUGCUGUUGUAGAAUAUAGCUUUGCCAUACAAAAUUUUGAAACAGAAAGACGGAGCACUCCAAGAUUCAUUGGACAUAAAAUAAGAGGGGUGGGGCUGUUAAGCACUGAUUUGCAUACAGCAGACAAAACAUAAGAGUGGAUGUGUAAUGUGACUUGGUUGUGACUAAAUGGAAACCAGGAAAACUAACCUGUUUUGGACCAAACACAUUACUGAUAUUCUCUCUCAUGUCAUUAUUACCAUGAGUUGCCAAUGCCACAGAUUUCUUGCCUUUCUCGCCAAUAGUGUAACAACUGAUCCUUACACCAGUUGAAAUCACACAAUACCCUUGCAAAACCUGCAUCAUUUUCGUGUAUUCGCGUUUUAUGUUGCGUAGAAACUCCUUAUGACGGACUGGGAGAGUUGAGAAGAGAUUCUGUAGUGUUACUGUGGUGCCAUGGGUUCUUGCUGUUGCUUGUUGUUUGGUUAUCUGGCCAUCAUGGUCGUAUUCGAUUCUUGCUCCAAUACUCUGUGACUUGUGGCAUGUUGUUAUAGAAAGAUUGCUAGAUUGGAAAAAUUGGCAACAUAUUUUCUUGGGAAAUGCAGAUGGAUUCAACUACCUGAAUACAAUUAGCGAAACUUCAACGUUUAGAGCGAAGGCCCUUCGUUGGGAAGCUAGUAGCCAACCAGCCGAUACUAACUUCCCGACGAGGGCCUUCGCUCGAAGUGUUGAAGUUUUGCCAAUGUAUUUUUCAGGUAGUUGAAUCCAGAUCCAUCUGCAUUUCUCUGGUGUUUUUGUUUUACUACCUACGCUGGCACAGACCAUUCAUAUUUUUUGGGGUGUUUUAGGUUAUGAUGGUGGGAUGGGUGUGUGUGUUGGUGGGACAUUGGUUACAUCAUAUGGCUUUGUGACCAUGCAGGGUUCGAUUCCUGCAAUAUGUAGGUGUCUGAUUAUAAUUUGCCCUCAGUUGCACGGUAGAAAAGUGAGCAUCCAGUUUCAUUGGAGGGGGGGCCUCCCGUCUCCCUUACGACUAUGAUUUUCCACCCGGCAGUUACCAGUGAGAAUGAGAAGUCUAUAUUACUCCUUUCUUUACAUGUAGUUGUCUACAAUCAGAUGGCAAAAAUAGAUUUGAGAGAUCAGUAGUUUACUAUUCUUGUUCCUGUAGGUAUCAACUAGAAGACUUCCGAUGUUGUGAGGGAUCAACCAG